UAUAACUGCUUGACACUUUAUUUCUCUGUGCCCUCAGAUUGUGGUCUCAGGCCUGAGUACAGGACACGUAUUGUUGGAGGUAACAUCUCGAAACAAGGCCAGUUCCCCUGGCAAGUUAGCCUCCAUUUUAGGAAUGAACACCUGUGUGGAGGCUCCAUCAUAUCACCAUACUGGGUCAUCACUGCAGCACAUUGUGUGUAUGGGUUUGUAAACUCCUCCAUGUGGGCAGUCUAUGUGGGACUGACAGAGCAGCCGCUUCACGGGGCCAAGGCUUUGGCUGUUGAGAAAAUCGUAUACCAUAAUCGUUACCGACCAAAAGGACUCGACUAUGACAUCGCACUGAUGAAACUGGCCAAGCCACUUAAAGUUAAUGGCUCUGUGCAGCCCAUCUGCCUGCCCAGCCAUGGAGAGGAGUUUAAGGAGGGCACCUUGUGCUGGAUCUCUGGUUGGGGUGCAACAGAGGAAGAGGGAGACACUAGUGUUGUUCUGCGCUCAGCUGAGGUACCACUUAUCUCCAACCAGAACUGCAACAAACCAGAGGUUUACAAGGGCUUAAUCUCCUCCUGGAUGAUCUGUGCAGGAUACCUGGAUGGUGGAAUUGACUCCUGUCAGGUAGAUUGGGGCAUUGGCUGUGCUCACAUAAACAAGCCGGGCGUUUACACCCGCAUCACACUCGCUCUCAGCUGGAUCCACAAACAGAUGGAGGUCAGUGUCCAUAUUUAA